AUGCGCCAGUUCGACAAUGUCUCGAUAUCGCCAUGGGCGAACCCAUACGCCGGCCCCAACACAAACACCGGCAAUAACUUCUAUGCUACCGCGCCCAAACCACCGGCUCAACCUCUCUAUCGCCGGGUGGUUGCGCCUCCUCCAAAAUUCUCUUAUACGGGCGUUGCACAUGUGAUUGAUGAUAAGCGCACCGAUGACGAUCAAGCAGAAUCAGGAAUCGCCUCGACAGCACCAGAUGCUUCAGAUUUACCACCUGUGGCAGAAGCCAGGCUAGCAGAGGCCGCACCUCCAGCCAUACCAGAAGUACCUCCCCCAGGAGAAUCUCCAAUAACAACAGAUACACCCGUAGCAACAGUCCCAGUAGAAACUAUACCCGAAGACCCACCGACACAACAAGCAGAGGCUGCCUCCAGUAGUGGAGACGAUGUUGUGGCAGCCGAAGUUGUGACUGAGGAUGUCAAAGAUGAACCUCCGGGAUCAAGCGAUGCCACGAGCGUUGAAGUAUCGCCGCCUCCACCAGCUUCGCCAGUACCGGUAAUAGGGCUACCGACACCAGAGGUUUUGCCAGUACCCCCUAGUGAGCCCGUGCCUCCUCCGCCGCCAGCACUACCAGCGGAUGCAACACCUGAGCCUGUAGUCGUUGAGAGUGAGAAGAGUGGUGAGUCCGAGCAGGCCGCUCAAGAGCCCCCGAAAUCCCCAACUGAGAAGUUUGUCCAUUUUGCCUCUGACACCAAAGACCCAGACGCCGCAAGUAUUGGCAAGAAGAAGAAGCAUGGUAAAGGCAAGCCCACCGCGUUUGUUCGUCCCAGAAAGCCAUCGAAAUCCGUUCCCCUUGCGUCGCCGCCGAAGGACGGAAAGAAAAAUGCUAUGGUUCCAAUCAGCAUCAUGAAAAAGGAGCGAAGUGGUUCAAUGUUCUCAGCGUUCACUAGUGAGAAGCUGAUGAAGGGUGAUAUGAGGAAGUCAGGAGGAAAGAGAGGCAGUGAUGACGGUAGUAUAUCACCAAGUGACGACGGGUCGGUCGUGAUCAUCGACGGAGAUGCAUCCCCUUCGGUCGUUUCCGAAAGCGUUAUCAUCGAGGAACCUACCGAAGACGCUUCAGAAUCGAUCGUAAUCGAGGCCGUACCGCCGCCACCACCACCGAACGAUGCUCCAACUGUGGAAAACGAGGUUGCUGUUGGUGAGGAUACUGUGGAGGCACAGGAUGAAGCAGCAGUCACAGACAGCCCUACCACGGAAGGCAACGGGCCUGUCGUUGCCGAGUCCCCUACUGAAGCCGUAGCAGAGGAGACUACCGCAAACGAUCCUGUAAUCGAAGACACCCCUGCCUCUUCGGACGAGCUGACAGCAGACGCGGGUUCCGAAGGACCUGCUGCGACACCAGAGCCGCCGGUGAAAGGUUCAGGUACUAUGAGUGAGGAUACAAAGCCACCCGUCGAAGCGGAACCUGAAAAAGAACAAACUUCGGCAGACGGUGUAGAUGUGGCCGAGCCUAAGGUGGCCUCUCCAGACGAAGAGCAGCCAGUCGAAGCGGAGAGCCCUGCUGAAGCGGCACCAGCACCAUCACCGGCAGAGGACUCAGUUGUGGGCGAGGCUGCUAGUGAAUUAGCAGCGGAAGACACGAGUACCGCUGAGGAAUCGACUGCAAUCGAAGCACUACCCUCUGCUGUAGAAGAGGCACCCGCUGUCGGGGAACAACCUCCUGCUCCUGAAGAAGCUCCGGUGAUCAACGAUCCGCCAAUCACCGAGGAGACUUCUGCUGUUGGAGAAGUGGAAACAUCCACAGCUGAAGAGACUUCUAGUGGCGAAGUAGCAUCAUCUGGUGAGGUACCGACCUCUGCGGGCAUACAAACAUCGGCCGAAGAGGUACUCGCGGCGGACGAGACAGUUGUUUCUCCAGAACCGGCUGACAAUGAGGAACAAUCUGCUCCUGGAGAUACUCCAGCCACUGAAGUCACCCCUGUUACUGAAGAGCCAUCCUCGGCCGAAGCAUCGCCUGCGAGUGAAGCGGCACCGAUUGCUGAGGAGACAAUUGCCGCCGUUGAAGAGGCUUCUCAGGCUGACGGUACUUCUGAUGCUUCAGACACGCCCGCUACUGGAGAGAUUUCUUCUACAGACAAUCCCACCACUGACGAUACCCCGCCUACUGAAGAACUACCGGUACCCGAAGAAGUCUCAGCUGUGGAUGUCACACCUACUGCCGAAGCAGCAUCUGCAGGCGACGAAGCACCAAAGGCUGAAGACGCCAUCGUUGUCGACGAGGUACCUGUUACAGAAAAGAUGCCAGCCAGUGAGGCCACUACUGUCACUGAAGCGGUACCUACGGCUGAUGAAUCACCAGCUGCUGGUGAAUCAGUCGCUGUUGAGGAGACACCUGCUGUUGAGGAUAUACUUGUUGUCGAGGAAAUACUAGCUGCUCAGGGAGCGUUAGUUGCUGAGAUAGUAGAAGAUGCCGCCGCGUCAAACCCAGAACCGGAUGCUGCUCAAGAACAGUCCCUACUGGAAGGGAAUAAAGAUGUCGAACCAUCUCCUAUCGCAGAUCAAGAGGCUCCAGUCGAGACCUUACCGGUUGAAGAACACGCAGAUGUUGCGUCCCAAAGUACUCAGAACGAAGAGGAAUCUCAAGGAUCUGAAUCUUCAGCUGUCGAAGAUGCCGUCUCCGAGCCUCUCGUUUCUGAAGAAGCUCCAGAGCCCGAGACAGUUACGUCCAGCGACUCGCCAUCGACUGAGAACGAUGAUAAGAUUAAAGACACAGAUGCUGGAGAAGUAGGAAAUGCUGAGUCAGUGGUGGCUGUGGCUGAGUCAGAUAACUUGAGCGCUGAGAUUACGGAGGAGUUGAAAGCCGAUAGCACGAUCGAAGAUCCAGUCGCAGUGGACGCCAACGAACCUAUCCCGGCCGAGAACACUAGCGAUACAACAUCUGGUCAAGGCAACAGUGAGCCUAAUACUGUGCAGGUUGAAGGCAAGGUGCCUACGGAAGAACCGGAGGCUACAACUAUCCCUGAAGAAGCAGACCCAACAAGUGCUUCUCCAUCGACUGACGACGACUUGACGACAGCUCCUCCCGAGAACACCCAAGCGACUGAAGUCGUGGCUGAUGUAACACACGACGAGUCUGUUGUACCGACAGAAAGCGUCGCCGAUAUGGGAGAUGCCAACAAUGAGUCGAGUGAAGAGGCGAUCAUCGCGCCCAUCGAAGUCAUGACAGCGGAGACUGAAGCAAACGGUGAAGAUGUGGAGGCCACAGAGACUAUGCAAGACAUUUCCGAUUGGGAAAAAGACGAAGAUAAUGUCAGCGACCUAGAGAUAUCUGACUGGGAAAAAGACGAUGCCGAUGCUUCAUCGCAGGCUGGUGAGAGUGAGACCAACCCUUCCGAGCACCAAGACUACGAAGACGACCGCAUCACACAAGAAAUAUCUGAACCUACGCCAGAGACAGAGAAACCAUCAGAUCAGCAAGAGUGCGAGGCUGUGGAGCAGGUCCAGCAGAUCGACACUGAAGCCUCUGUUCCACCCAUCGAUGUCGCCGUCGAGGACGAUGCAGUCCUCAUUGAAGUCACAGCGGCAGAACAGACUGUCGAAGAUACAUCCACCACUCGUGAACCAGAGGUGUCAGAGCAAAAUGAUGUUACUCAACAAACCGAAGACCAGACAAAGGACGAGGAGCCCUCAUCCUCUGGCCCGGCGGCAGACCCUCCUGAGCCACCGGAGACGAUCACUCCAGCUGAUACAGCCGCAGCUGAUCAAAAACCAAUUCAAGUCGAAAUUGACACGCCCAAUCAAGACGGUAUUGAAGACGCGAAGUCGACUACGGGUAUCGAGGAUGUGUCUGCACCAACAGAACCCCACUCAGAUCUUAGCCAGCCAGAUGCAUCAGAGGAGAACAACAUCACCGAUUCAAGCACAGACGCACAGGAGGAUGCGACUGCACAUGAAUCGCCAGCCGAUGAUCUGGAGCCAGCGGUGAACGACGAGGCUGCCAAGGACAGCGAGCAGGCCAUAGUCUCGGCUGCACCCGAUGACGUGGAGAAUCCAGACGCACGCACAGCCGAGACUGAAGCAGCCCUACCCAACCUCGACGACAACCCGGACGAAUCAUGUGCAAGCAUCCCAGCUGACGCGACCAGCGAAGUCAGCCCAGACCCUGUCUCAAAAGAGGCUGACGUUGAUACGCCCAUUGAACAGCUCGCGGUCGAAGAGAAUCACACUGAAAACGCCGUGGGCGAUCCAUCUGUUGUUCAAGUUAUUCCCGAAGAGACCGAUCAUGAUGUUGUAGCGAACAUUGCGCUAGCAGAAGCCGAGCACGACUCUGCACCAGACAUGCCGGCCAAGAAAGCACCGGAAGUGGUUCCCGAGGACGUUGGGCCUGAGGAACCUCAACCUUCGGAGGUUUCCGUUGACUCUAACAUUGGGCCAUCGCCGGAUGAUGAGUCAGCAAAAGAGCAGGAUUCUGAUGCGGGAAGUGAGUCUGGGUCUGAGUCCGAAGAUGAUGACUGGUCAGGGUCUGAGGCAUCUGCUGCGCCUUCUGCAUCUGAAGUUCCACAGCUCGACGACACGCCUGACUCGGCACUCGCUCAAGAUGAAACGACCAAUGCCGAAGAUGCUCCGCCGAGUGAAGACGCUGCCAUCGCUGCUGUAGAGCCUGACGCUGCGGCGGAGGAUCAUCAGUUAAAUAUCGAUGAUGGUGCUGGUUUGGAUGACGACUCUGCUUCCGAGCUUUCUUCAAAGGCCCAAGAAGAGGAACAGAGCUCUGUGUCGGUAGAGGAGGCUGCCAAUCUCGAUGAUGAUGAAGUUGCCGAGAGCCCAGAGUCACCAGUAGAGUCCGCCCCAGUCGCGGAUACGCACCCGGGACUAUCGCUCGAAGUCAAUGUCGCAACGUCUGAGAUCAUCCCGGAGGCAGAAGCUCCUACAUCAGAGGUCGAUGAUCCACCUGCUCCCACUCUCGAACCGGUUUUGGAGGAGGAGCAAGCAGGCGACGAGGAUGACACCAGUGCUGCCACCCAGGACGAUUCUGCCAACGACGACUCCCUAGUAUCAACAGAAGGCUCCGCCGAGCCGGAAGAAGAGGCGCCCGCAGUUGUGGAAGUGCACGAACCGGCCGACGAACCCAAGGGUGAAGAAGAGGCGCACGAGGAAGAUGAGGCCGAUGAUGUCUCUCUGGCGAGCAGAUCCGACAGCGAAAGCGAGGCUGGAGAGUCUGUCUCGCCACCGGAACACGAUGUAGAGGCUGAUAUCGACGCUACUCAAACUUCAAUUGACUCGGAAGAGGUAGACGCUGGUGUACCAGAACCCGAGCAAACAGCGAUCGAUGAGGUCGCUGAUGCUGAGCCGCAAGCAUCUGAAGCAGGGGAUGUACCUGCGAUUGAGCAAGAGGCGGAACAGCCCACUGAACCAGAAACGACAGAAUCAGUCGCGGCGGAAGCUGAAGCGGAGCCAGUUGAGCCAGAGGCUGAUGUGGACGAAACUGACGAGGCGCAAGAACUGGCAGCGACACCAGAUGAGGCCCCUGGAGAUGAGCCUGAUAUAGCCAAAGAGGACGAACCGGCCGAACCUGCACCUCUAGAGCAAUCAGAUGAUGGUCAGCCUUCAUCUCCUGUUGAAGACGCACCAGAUUCACUUGCUGAAGAGGCCAAUUCAAAUGAUGGCUCCGAAGCUGCAGGGGAAGAUGAUGAACCUUCAGCGGUUGAUGUGAGCGAAGAGACGGAUGACCAGCCGGAGGAAGCCCCGUCCGCACCGGAGCCAACACCAGCAGAAGAUAUACCGCCUGAAGAGGCUGCUGCAGAGGCGGUAGAGGCACCUGUGGAGUCUGCUGAACCAGUACUCGAAGAAGCCGUUGUAGAAGAAGCUGCCGCAGUCGUCCAAGACCCACCUUCCGAAGCAGAGUCAGAACAAGCAGCCGAAGAACCCCAACAGGACGAAGAGCCGGUACCUGCACCUUCCUCUGAGCCUGAGGAAGAAGAGCCACAGGCACCACCCGAGGAAGUCCCUGUUGAAGGUCAGCCCGAACCCGAGGAGCCAGCUACUGCUGAAGAGCCCGAGCCACCAGCUGAAGCAGCUCCAGAGGAGCCGGCUGAGGCGGUAUUGGCUCCAGAGCCAUCCCCAGAAACUGAGGAACCCGCUGAACCAGCCGCGGAGCCAGAGGUCGAGCAAAUUGUGGAGAACGGUGCCAAUGAGGUCUCGGUACCAGACCCAGAAGUGGAGACGGAAGAAGUUGUAGCGGAAGUGGCCAAUGAAGAUAUUCCUGAACCUCAACCAGCCGACGACGCCACGGCGGAGAGGUCCCUCUAUGUUGGUGAAAGUCCGAGCAGAACUCCACCGCCACCACCACUACCUGCUGUCGUUGCCGCGUUGGUUGACAACAGCACUGAUGACCAUAUGGUCAGGGAGCGCGAUUUCGCAGUCGAAGAUGAACCGUCCGCCGACACUCCCAGUCGGGAGAAGACUCGUCGUCGAUAUUCGCACUCCCGUCGCGAGAGCCAGCAUCAGUCCAGCCGUAGGCGAGAAAGCGGUGCUAGCACCAGGGAGCGGCCAAUAAUGCCAUCUUCGGCUGUUCCUGAUGCGCCAAGGACAAGACGGCGCGAUAGCAUGACUGAGCGUGAAGCUGAGCGAAGAAGGGAAAGACUUCGCGAGGCUGAGAAGCCCAGUAGUGGCAGCGACAGAGAGAAGGCGUAUGAGAAGGCCUACCCCGAAUACCGCUCACGCCACCGAGAAACUAGGGGCGAAGAGAGAUACAGCAAACGUCAACCCGUUGAGGAAGUCGACGAAGAAGCUGAAAGGCAAAAGCGACGUGAAUUACGACGGGCCGAGAGAGCUGAAAGAGAGCGUCUCGCUGCAGCAGACGCUGCCCGCCUGAAGGCUGAGGAAGAAGCAAGAAAGUUGGAGCAUCGUGAAAGACGUCGUGCAGUCAGGCGUGCCGAAGAGGAGCUUAUGAGGGCAAUGGAGGAACGUAAGAAGCUUAAAGAGGAGAAAAGGCUUGCGAUGGAAGAAGAGGAGAGACGUCUUCGACAUGAGAAGAGACGGCAGCGGCACGAGGCCGAGAAGGAGGCAAGACGCUUGGAGCAGGAAAAGAUUGAGCAGGCUGCGCGUGAAGAAGAGGAGGCGAGGAGGCUACGGCGGCAAAAGAGGGCGGAGCGAGAAGCAGCCAAAGCGGCUGGUUUGAAGCCAAAGGAAGAGUUGGUUGAACUUUCUCGCGAUGCUGCCAGACGAGCAGCAGAGGAAGACGACGACAACGCCUCCCCUCCCCCUCCAUUGCCACCCAUAGGCGACGAAACACCACCUCGUAGCGCGCCGCGCCGACGCUUGAGUACUCGAGAGACUCCACCGAACGUGAAGCGCGGCAGUCUUUUUGGCGGCAUCUUUGGUCGCUCAAAGCCUGAUCCUACUCCGCCUAGCUCGAAACCAUCCAGAUCAACUCGCGCCCGUGCGAACACGCUGGAGACGACGCCUGUCAAGCCAUCGCGAAGAGAACCUGAAGCCGAACGACCCUCAAGCAGAGAUCAAUCGUCAGACCAGAGCCGAGAGCGCCCCGAGCGCAUGCACCGCAGUCGGCGUCACUCACACAGUCAACGUCGCUUCGCUUCUGCUGAGGAGGAAGCUGACUACUACAAAUGGAAAGAAGAGCGACGUUAUAUGCGCCGUCCCGAACAUGAAAUGUCUGGUGGACGGGAUGGAGGGAUUUCCCUUCCGCCGCCGCCUCCGCCGCCUGAGGAUCUACCUCCCCCACCACCAGAGCCUUUCGAAUAUGAGCCAGAGCCAGAGCCCGAAUUGUUUGAGCAGGCUGAAUCGCCCGUGAUCGAGGACGCAGCUGCCGUCGUCGGUGAGAUCUCAAUCUCAGACGAGGAAAGACGCGAGCGCCGUCGAAGCAGGCGUAUGUCGAAACCGGAAGAACGCCCCAAGGCACGCCGUAUUUCAGUCGUCGAGAAAGAGAGGCCAUCGGGUCGUCGAGUAGAAUCUGAUCGGCCCCGCGCUCGAGAUUAUGGCGAUGACCGGCCAAGACCGAGACGUGGUGAGACGGACCGACGUGACAGAAGGAAGAAGAAGGAAGAGUCAAGCGGCCUUAAGGGGCUGUUUGGAGGUUUGAAGAGGAGAAUUACGUGA